GUUCCCCUCUUGUGUCACCGCAGCUAUGGAUAUCCUAUAGCACAAACCUUCCCGAAAAUAAACCAAAUAAUAGAAAAAAAAAGAUAUACACGGGAAUAAACGAAGAGAAAAAGAAAUGGACAUCCCUCAACUCUCCACCCAGCUCACCGAAGCACCAACCCCCUUCCCAAAUUGUUGUCUAUCUAUCUCCAGCACCCUAAUAGCCCACCUAGCAUGGCUCCUCCCUAAAAAGCCCUCGUUCACCCUAUCAAUAGGUUGUGGAUCCGGUCUCCUGGAAGCUCUGAUACUACAUAACCACCCCAACGUCCAAAUCACGGGAAUAGAAGUCUCCGCGUCAGUCAACCGCUACCUUGCAGAAGAGGACUUCGACGUGGUCACCGGAACUUGGGAUCUGUAUGCGCGUGCGCCGCAGGCGGCAGCAUGGAUGUUUGUUUACCCUCGUGAACCGAAGCUGGUCAGCAAGUAUAUCGAGAUGUAUGGCGAUCGACCUGAGUCGUCAGUACAGAUGAUUCUGUGGUUAGGACCUCGUGCAGAUUGGGUCGAUUAUGAGCCGUGCUUUCGCAAUUCGUCGUUCUCGGAAGUGUGUAUCCCUGAGGAUGUAGGGAUGAUGGAGUUUGAGAUGUUGGCUGUUAUGCGGAGGAGGUAGCGGUGUAUUUGAUGUCUGAAGGAGAAUUAUUAUCUAUCACCAAUGUAUUCAUCUUUUCGGGUUAUCGGACAGGGCCCCCGAGAUAAUCAAUUUUCUGGCUGAUAGCAGAUGGAUUAAGGAGAUGGAUCUGCGGGAGAUGCUAGAGGGUUCGCUGAUCGUUUCUACUACUCCUGCUGCUGCUGCUGCUGCCACUAUUUGAUGUCUUCCAAGGAAUCUUAGCGACGUCGUCAUAUUUCCAAGCCU